AUGGCUGGUGGAAAUUGUACUCUGGUGGAUGAGUUCAUUCUUUUGGGAUUCACAGAUCACCUGGUGAUAAAGACCACUCUGUUUGUGUUAUUUCUACUGAUCUACAUUAUCACCAUAGUGGGGAACAUUAGUAUCAUUUUGGUAGUGAAGACUGAUUCUCACCUUCAAACUCCCAUGUAUUACUUCCUCAGCAAUUUGUCUUUCUUGGAUGUCUGCUACUCCUCAGUUGUCACCCCCAAGAUGCUAGUGGAUUUCUUUGCGCACAAGAAAACCAUCUCAUUUACUGGGUGUGUUUUACAACUCUAUUUUUAUGCUGCUUUAGCAACUACAGAAUGCUACCUUCUGGCUGUAAUGGCUUAUGACAGGUACAUGGCAAUCUGCAGUCCUUUGCUGUAUACAGUCAUCAUGUCCCAGAGAGUUUGUAUCCCAUUAGUAGUAUUGUCAUAUGUUGCUGGAUUUCUCAAUGCAACAAUACAGACUGGAGUUGCUUUGAGAAUACCCUGCUGUAGCUCCAAUAUCAUCAACCAUUUCUUCUGUGAUGGACCCCCACUGAACAAACUUUCUUGCUCUAAUGACAUCCUCAAGGAAAUUCUGCUUGCUAUUUUAAUUGGAUUUAAUGAAAUCACAACAACAUCAGUAGUGAUCAUCUCUUAUUGCUGCAUCUUGUUUACCAUACUUAGGAUGCGUUCAGUGGAAGGCAUGUGCAAAGCUUUCUCCACUUGUACUUCCCACCUGAUUGCUGUCACCAUUUUCUAUGGGACCCUCCUCUUUAUGUACCUACGGCCAAGCUCCAGCUACUCUCUGGACCAAGACAAGGUCGUGUCUCUCUUUUACAGUGUGGUGAUCCCUGUACUUAACCCAUUGAUAUAUAGCUUAAGAAAUAAGGAAGUCAAAGAUGCUUUAUUUACACUCGGAAGGAAAAGG